AUGUUCCAAGAGGACAAUGCCAGGAUCCAUCGAGCUCAGAUUGUGAAAGAGGGGUUCAGGGAUCAUGAGACAUCCUUUUCACACAUGGAUCGGCCCCCACAGAGUCCAGACCUGAACCCCAUGGAGAAUCUUUGGGAUGCGCUGGAGAAGGCUUUGCGCAGUGGUUUGGCGGCCGCUGACGGUGUCAUGAGUAACUUCACCACCGUCGUGUACCGGGACAGUUUGAACGUGGCGAUCAUGAAAAAUGUGAUCACCGUGGUUUUCUGCAUCUCCAUCAACUACGUCAACGGCACGCUGGUGCACACCUUCAGGAAGCACCAGGUGUUCAACAUGAACCCUCGCUACAUCCUGUACAUCCACCUGGUGCUGAACGACAUCGUCCUGCUGACCAUCUUCACGUUGCUCCAGGUCCUGAGUUACAUCGUCUACACCCUCAACGUCUCCUUCUGCAUGCUCCUGCUCAGCAUUGCUAUAUUAGCCAACGUCAACAACCCGUUCACGCUCGCUGUGAUGUCGGUGGAGCGUUACGUCGCCGUCUGCUUCCCUCUCCGACACUCCCAGAUCUGCACGGUGCGGAAAACGUACGCCGUUAUCGGUGUCAUGUGGCUGAUCGGCCUCCUCACCGUACUUCCGGAUAUCUUCUACGCUCUGGCCUCAGAGACCCUGGGGUUCUUUGGCUCCAGGGUAUUUUGUCUGAAUGACAACAUCUUCAGAAACCCCGUUCUUAAAGAGAGGCGAGACGUGUCCAACAUCUUGUGUCUGUUGAUCAUUUGGCUCUCUCUUUUCUACACGUACUUCCAGAUAAUGUGCGCGGCUAAGGCGGCUGCGGCGGACAGUCGGAAGGCCAGGAAAACGGUGCUGCUGCACGGCUUUCAGCUGCUGCUCUGCAUGCUGACUUACGUCUUCUACCUAGCCUUAAAGGGCCUCACCAUCCUGUUCCCGAGAGGGGUGCUGACCAUCCGCUUCAUCCUUUCAAUACUCACGCAUGUUCUGCCUCGACUCAUCAGUCCGUUGGUUUAUGGGCUGCGGGACAAGAAGUUUAGGAGGUACCUGAGGAGAUACUUCAUCUGUUCCAUCCACAAACAACCAUAA